AUGGCGCAUGGUGCGUUGCACGCACGUCCUUCGCUACCAUUGCUACUACUACUCGUCCAUGCAUGCAUCCUCCUCUGCUCUCCUUCCCUCGCUCCGGUGGCCGCGGCCGCUGAGCGGACGUCAUACAUCGUCCACAUGGACAAGUCCGCCAUGCCGCCGCACCACUCCGACCACCAGGAAUGGUACGCCGCCACCGUCGCGUCUGUAAAAGACGCUUCGACACAUGACCGUGCCGAGCCGCGGCUCCUCUACACUUACGACGAAGCGCUCCACGGCUUCGCGGCGACCCUCACCGAAUCCGAGCUUCACGAGCUCCGCGGCACGCCGGGUUUCGUCUCGGCCUACCCGGACCACCGCGCCACAACGCGUCAUGACACAACGCACUCCAUGGAGUUCCUCAAUCUCAACUCGGUCAACGGACUGUGGCCGGCAGCCAAGUUCGGCGAGGGCGUCAUCAUCGGCAUGAUCGACACUGGAGUGUGGCCGGAGAGCGCAAGCUUUAACGACGACGGAAUGCCCCCCGUUCCGUCCCGCUGGCGCGGCACGUGCGAACCGGGCGUGGAGUUCACCACCUCCAUGUGCAACCGGAAGCUUAUCGGAGCGCGCUACUUCAAUAAGGGCUUGGUCGCCGCGAACCCUCACGUCAACAUCUCCAUGAACUCGACGCGCGACACCGAGGGCCACGGCACGCACACGUCAUCGACGGCUGGGGGCAGCCCCGUGCCCGGCGCGUCCUUCUUUGGGUACGGGUUCGGCACGGCGCGCGGCGCUGCCCCGCGAGCUCACGUCGCCAUGUACAAGGUACUCUGGCCCGAGCCAGGGUACCGGUACGCGUCGGACGUGCUGGCCGGCAUGGACGCGGCGAUCGCGGACGGCGUCGAUAUCAUAUCCAUCUCGAGCGGCUUCGACGCCGUGCCGUUGUACGAGGACCCCGUGGCGAUCGCCGCGUUCGCGGCCAUCGAACGCGGGAUUCUCGUGUCGGCCUCGGCAGGAAACGAAGGCCCACGGCUCGGCAGCCUGCACAACGGCAUCCCGUGGCUGCUUACCGUUGCGGCCGGCACGGUGGACCGGCAGAUCUUUGCCGGCACGGUGUACUAUGACGACAUGCUAGGUAGCAUCGCCGGCAUCACCACGUACCCAGAGAAUGCCUGGAUAGUGGACACGAGGCUGGUCUACAACGACGCUAUAUCAGCGUGCGACUCAAAAGCGGCGUUCGCAAAUCUAACGACCACUAUGGUUGUGUGCCGUGACACGGGGAAUCUGAUCGAACAAAUCAACACAGUCGCGGAGGCCGGAGUCGUCGCAGCAAUCUUCAUCUCAGGCGAUGUGUCUUUCCAUGAUCCCAUGCCACUCCCGGCUGUCAUUAUCAGCCCAAAAGAUGCACCAAGGCUGCUGAGUUACGUCAACUCCAGCACGCUCCCGACGGGCGCCCUGAAGUUCCAGCAGACGAUCCUCGGCACAAGGCCGGCGCCAGUGGUCGCCGAGUACUCCUCUCGAGGGCCGUCUCAGAGCUACGCCGGCGUGCUCAAGCCGGACAUCCUUGCACCAGGGGACAGCAUCCUCGCGUCGGUGGCGCCCGUACGUCCUUUUGGGCUGAUAGGUCAGACACGUCUUGGCAGCAACUUCGUCGUCAAGUCCGGAACGUCGAUGGCGUGCCCGCACGCCAGCGGCGUCGCGGCCCUGCUGCGCGCGGCGCACCCCAACUGGAGCCCGGCCAUGAUCAAGUCGGCGAUGAUGACCACGGCGUCCGCCACCGACAACACGUUCCGGCCGAUCACGGACGCCGGCUUCGGGAACGCCACCGUCGCGACCCCUCUGGCCAUGGGCUCAGGCCACGUCGACCCCAACGCGGCGAUGGACCCGGGGCUGGUGUACGACGCCGGGCCGGGGGACUUCGUCGCGCUCCUCUGCGCCGCGAACUACACGAACGCCCAGAUCAUGGCGAUCACUAGGUCGUCGACGGCGUACAACUGCUCCUUCUCGUCCAACGACGUGAACUACCCGUCCUUCGUCGCAAUCUUCGGCGCGAACGCCACUUCCGGCGAAAUGCGGUUCAGCAGGACGGUGACCAACGUCGGGAAGGGCUCGGGGUUUUACCAUGCGUCUUGGGUGUCGCCGAGCAACGUCGAUGUGACCGUGUCCCCGGGGACGCUGGAGUUCAGCAGGGUGGGGCAGACGGCGACGUUCGAGGUUGGAAUUAAGCUCACUGCGCCUACCGGCGGUGAGCCUGCUUUCGGGGCCGUAGCCUGGGCGGAUGUGAGUGGCAAAUACCGCGUGAGGACUCCCUACGUCGUGCUUUAA